AGCCCAUUGGGCUAAAAAAAAGGGAUCGCUCGGGUCGCCUUCUCCUCUCGCUCUCUCUCUUGCUCGCUAGGGUUUCCAAUCCCCCGAGGGCCUCCGACCCAUCAUCAUCUCUCCGUCCUCGACCCACCACCUUCUCUUCGGGAAGCGAAGGGUCCAAAAAAGAAAAAAAAAUCUCAAGAAUUGGAAAAAUUUCCCGCCUUCGCUACUCCAUCGCUCUCCUGCUCUCUCUUAAUUCAUCCUUCGCCUCUAAACCCUAGGGUUCGAGGUGAGGCGAUCCCGUUGACCGCAGGCGUGUCGUCGCUCUUCGAGCUCGAAUCUCCGCAUGGCUGGAGCUAGUGACACUGAACCAGUCACGACAGAAACACCAACUCCACAACCUUCAAGGCGCAGGAGAAAGAAGUCAUUGGUCUGGGAACACUUCACUAUUGAAGCUGUGUCUGGAGGAUGUACGCGGGCUUGUUGCAAGUUGUGCAAGCAGACAUUUGCUUACAGUAGUGGCUCAAAGAUUGCAGGCACUAGCCACCUCAAGAGGCACAUUGCUCUGGGCUCCUGUCCUAAAAUCAAAAAUCAGGAAAAGAAAAUGCUUGCGCUUACUUCAGGUUCAAAAACCGAUGAAAAUUCCAGUGAACCACCUCCCAAAAGACGCUACAGAAUGUCUGGCUUUGCAAAUGCUGCAUUUGACCAGGACGUCAGCUGCGUCUAUCUUGCAAAGAUGAUCAUUGUGCAUGACUAUCCUCUUCACAUGGUUGAACAUCCUGCUUUCAUAUCUUUCGUUCAAAGUCUCCAACCUCGGUUCAAGAUGGUAGACUUCAAUGCCAUUGAAGCAGAAAUAUUAGCCAUUUAUCAGAAGGAAAAGCAAAGCCUCAUGCAAGUCUUUGGAACCAUGCUCGGAAGGGUUAGCCUCACCAUAGGCUUGUGGACAACAAGUCAGACUCUCGGAUAUGUUUGUCUUACCGGGCAGUUCAUUGACAGUGACUGGAGGCUGCAUAGGAGAAUGCUUAACUUCAUGAUGGUAUCUUCUCCUCAUUCAGAAAAUGCUCUUAGUGAAGCUAUCGGGGUUAGCCUUUCAGAUUGGAACAUGAAAUCUAAGUUAUUCACCAUCACUCUAGACAAUAAUUGCUCAUCUCAUGACAUCUACAGUGCAAAUCUAAGAGACCACCUGUCCAACAAGAACACACUCAUGCUCAAGGGUCAGUUGUUUGUUGUCCGUUGCUAUGCCCAUAUCUUGAAUGUAGUUGCUCAAGAUGUGAUUGCUUCAAUCCAUGGGAUUAUAUACAACAUCCGUGAAAGUGUGAAGUUCAUUAAAGCUUCUCCAGCCCGUGAAGAAAAAUUUGCUGAGAUUGCCUUACAACUUGAAAUUCCUAGCACGAAGACCUUGUCUCUUGAUGUUACAACACAGUGGAACACAACUUACCUCAUGCUGGUGGCCGCUUUGGAAUAUAAACAAGCAUUUACUGUCUUGGAAACAUGUGAUGAUAACUAUAAUGAAGCACCAUCGACUGAGGACUGGAAGAAGGUAGAGAUUGUUUGCACGUAUCUGAAGCUUCUAUAUGACUCUGCAAAUAUCAUUAUGGCAACGGCUGAUCCAACUGCAAAUAUAUUUUUCCAUGAAGCAUGGAAAAUCCAGCUAGAGCUGACGAAUGCAACACUGAAUGAAGAUGUUCUUGUGAGCAGCUUUGCAAAAGAGAUGCAUGAGAAGUUUGACAAAUAUUGGAAAGACUGCAGCCUUGUCUUGGCAAUUGCUGUGGUUAUGGACCCUCGUUUCAAGUUGAAGCUUGUGGAGUUCAGUUUUUCAAAAAUCUAUGGUGCAGAUGCUGUUAGAUAUAUUAACGUAGUGAACGACAGCAUCCACGAGCUCUAUCUUGAGUAUGUUGCCCAGCCACUUCCAUUGACUCCAGCUUAUGAAGAACAAGGGGAAGUCACCACCAGCAACAUCAAUGGCAAUGAAAAUGGCAGUGGCAUUGGCAAUGACAACAAUCGGCCAACAACCCUGGUUUCUAAUGGUGAUGGGCUUCAAGACUUUGAUCUCUAUCUCUCUGAGAUGGCUGUGAACCAGCCAACAAAGUCAGAGCUAGAACAGUAUCUGGAAGAGUCCCUCGUUCCACGGAUCCAAGAGUUUGAUAUCCUCAACUGGUGGAAGCUCAACAAUCUCAAGUACCCAACGCUUUCGAAGUUGGCCCGGGAUGUCUUGGCCAUUCCAAUGUCCAUGGUGAGUACAGGCUCCUCCAUAUUUGCCAGUGGAACAGGAAGCAGAGUGCUCGACGACUAUCGAAGUUCGUUGCGUCCUGAGACAGUGGAGGCUUUGUUCUGUGCAAAGGACUGGCUCCAGUAUUUGCCCACCAUGGCAGAGCCACCAUCAACAGCGAUUGUCAAAAUGGAGUUCUAGGUUGUGCAUAAUUGUUUAUCUUUUCUUGGCGGCAUCCGUGGUUGGACUUUGGAUGAGCACAUAUUGCUCAAAGGGCUGCAUCAAGUUGUUUACUUUGUUGGACAGUGACAGGGCAUCCUAGUAUUCAGCUUUAUUUUCUAAGAUGAGAACUGGUUUGUUUUGGUUUCCAUUUAUCUUUGUUGGAAUAUUUUAAAUGUUGUGUAGUUGCUUCAUCUGCUCUGUUUUAUCUGAUGUAACUAUAUGCUGUGGAAUUAUGUCAGUAGUUUAGAUGUGCUUGUGGCUA